ACACACACACACACAGCUUACUAACCUGAAGGUCCCUCUUGGUAACGAAACCUUUACACUCUCUGUCACACAAUGUGAAAAGUUCCACCGCCCGCGCCUCCCAAGAGUCCGUAUCCUCGCCGAAGUCCACGCCUUCCUCCACGCCCGCGCCGCCCACACAUUGCUCCGUCAUGCCAUGAGAGUGGUGUUGGGAUGUGUGGUCCUCCUGCCCGUCGUCACUCUGCAAGUUCUGUUACACCUGACUCCUGCUGCUGCCCGCUACCACCUCCAGUCCACCCAGGCCGCUUCCGCCAGCCACCCCAGCCACAUCAUCCAAGACUUAGACAAUAUACAAGAUCAUGACGAUGUUCUUCGGCGUUUGGACGAUAUCCAACAAGAUCCGGAUGAUACGUGGCAGUAUUAUGAAGACAUCCAACAAAACAACGACGCUCUCAGGCAGUUCUUGGACGAUAACCCACAAGAUCCCGACACUGUCAGAAACUAUCUGGAGUACAUCCUCCAAGAUCCUGGCGUCGUGCAACAGUACCUCAACAGCAUUCGUCAAGACGCUAACGCCCUUCAACAGUAUUUCGACGUCGUUCUCCAGGAUCCGGGUUUCCUACAACAGUACUUCCGCGGAAUCCCUGACAGGGUUCAAAAACACAUAGCAAAUGUACACACCAACCUCAACUCCUUCCGUCAGUACCCUUGGGCAGGUAAUCAGGACGCAGGCACUCUCCAACAGUACCCACAGGACACCGACGCACGGCAGUACAUGAAGGAGUACUUCCUACCCCAGUACUUGAGUCACACUUUCCAGAACAUCAAUUCUGUCAACAAGAAAAGUGGAGAGGCCCAUUACAACGACGGCAACACCCUUCACAAUAAAGCCCAUCAGAGCUCUGAUAACGCCUAUCAGAGCGCUGGAGAUGCCCAUCGCUACACCGUCAACGCCCAAGACAAGAGCAACAAAGGGGAGAGUGAAGGAAAAGAAGUGAUGAUGGGCUACGCAGGUGACUCUUGCAGGGACAACCUAUCUGAUGACAACACCUGGUGUCCCUCCCUGCUACUGCAGGCCCUAGGUCAACACCUGUCGCGCCUCCCCACGACUGGUGCCCCACGUCAGCGUCCCGCGCAUCACGUCAGGAGACACCCCACAACCUUGCGCCUCCCUCUCUCACCACAAUGGUACACCAGGCCGCCCACCAAGCGUUACCUGGGUAUUGAGCUGCCGGACUACAUCGCCACCACCUAUUCUUCCAUCAAGACGGACAACGCUCACUACCUCACAAAACUGCAUCAGCUCAAACAGCGCAUGCGCAGCGCCGGGAAGUAGGCUACCAUCGCGCCUCAUGUAUGAUAAACUCUGUUGUGAGCAUUUACGUCGAGUGUCAACGCUUAAGACUCGCAUUUCAACUCUUCCUAGAAAUAAUCCUAUAAUUUACUUACGUGAGUUAAUAUGAUAUAAUUUUACAAAACCAACACGAGAUCUUUUUUGGUUUGAUAAUGUUAUUCAUUAUGAAAUGAUAAUGUGAAAUUCUAAAAAAAAUUUAAUUUUCCACUGUAUAUCCAUAACAGAGUUGCCAAUUAUGCAUUGUGAACAUUAUUACUAGAUUCUCAAGGAACUCCAUGGGGUCGGUUCUUUUGAUGAAUUUUUUAAAGAAAAAAAUUGUGAUUAAAUAAAAAUAUCAACUUAUAUUUCUAGACACGGGGUGAUAAUUACCGUGAUAACCAUUUGAAACAAGUCAGAUAUAACAAGACAGUCACAGGAAGCCAUAUGUUAAGUUCAUGUAUUCUCUUGGAAACAUAAAUAUCUUUUGAUCUUCCACAAACCUUCUUCUGUGGACAAAGUAUUAGUGAAACUAGUUCCUUCUUUAUAAUAGCAAAGAUAAAUAGGCUACAUUGAACCACGCAUGAGUUGUGAAACACUGACAAGAUCAACGGUAUGUUUCUGGUCUUGACAUCAUGAACCUAAAACACUUGGUGGUUGUUAUACGUACUGACACGAAGUACAUGAGUAGCAGUAGACGGAGGCUGAUAUCACUGAUGUGUGUAUGGGUAAAUAAACAGGAUGACGGAGAUAUUGAGAACAUAUUGCACGAAAUACCUGGAGCCAGCCAGUGGGAGACAAGACUUGAGAAGAAAUUUGUUGGACAUAAAACCUGUUAUGUUCUCUGAAGUGCCUGGCACGACAAAAAUCAUCUCAAAUUAUGCAAAAUAUAUCCACAAUACUCAUAGUGGGUUCUGUAAAAUUUUACUUAUGAUUACGUAAGCUUGCAGUUCCCUAUUUUGGUCGAAACGGUGACAGGCAUUUCCCACACUAGUUAAUCCUCGUUCAGCUCGACACCAGACACUUGG